AUGAAGUGGCGAAGGAGUGGUGUUGUCGUGGCGGCGGCGGCGGCGGUGCAGUGGCUGUGCCUCUCGGCGCUGCUCGGAGGCGCGCUCGGCCUGGUGCUGAGCGCCGCCCCCCAGCGCCGUGGGCCCCCGCGCUCCACCGCGCUGCCCCCGGUGCCGUCGCCCCCGCCCCCGGCCCCCUACGCCCCCGGCCCGGCCACGCCCGUGUACUCGGUGUCUGUGAGCGGCGUGGUUCCAGGCUGGGCCAACAAGUCUCUGCACAAGGUGCACGUCGGCGUCGUGCUGCCGCACUCUACGUUUCGCGCCCGCCACUACCGCCACACGCUGGUCACGACGCUCACGGCCCUGGCCAAGACCAAGCCCGGCCUCGCCUCCGGGAUCCUGGGGCAGACGCACGACAUCGAGGCCACCGUGGUGACCGUCAGCCACAAGCCCAGUCCGACCACGAUCCUCAACAUCCUGUGCCAGCACUUCCUCCGGCGCAACGUGUCGGCCAUCCUGCUCCUCAGCAACUCUGAGACGUACGGCCGGGAGACGGCCUCGGCCGAGUACUUCAUGCAGCUGGCCGACUACCUGCGGAUCCCCGUCAUCGCCUGGAACAACGCCGGCCUGGAGCGGCGGGCGACCCGGUCCAGCCUGCAGCUGCAGCUGGCGCCCUCGCUGGCGCACCAGACGGCCGCCGUGCUCUCGGUGCUGCAGCGCUACAAGUGGCACCAGUUCUCCGUCGUCACGUCGCAGAUCGCCGGCCACGACGAGUUCAUCCAGGCCGUGAGGGACGCCGUGCACCGUGUGCAGGGCACGUUCAAGCUGGUGCUGCUGCAGGCGCUGGUCGUGUCGCCCCACGAGCCCGACCUGGGGCCGCUGGUCUCCUCCGAGACGCGCAUCGUCCUCCUGUACUGCACCCGGGAGGAGGCCAAGACGAUCCUGGGGGCGGCGGCCAAGCUCCGGCUCAACGGGACGGACUACCUCUGGCUGGCCACGCAGAGCGUCAUCGGCAGCGCCAUGGAGGCGCCGGACGAGUUCCCCGUCGGGAUGCUGGGUAUCCACUUCCCCACGGACGCUGACGAGUUGCUGCAGCAGCUGUCGCGCGCGCUGCGCGUGUUCGCCACCGCCCUGGACCAGUUCGUGCGGGACGCGGCGCUGCCCGCCCCCGCCGCCCCCGGCGGCCCCCGCGGCGCACCCGCCCCCGCGCGCCACCCGCUGCUGCCGCGCCUGACCUGCGAGGGCGGCGCGGGCGAGACGCGCUGGUCCGGCGGCGAGCUCUUCUACCGGUACCUGCGGGCCAGCCGCGUGGAGCAGGAGGGCGGGCGCGCCGGCCUGGAGUUCCAGGCGGACGGCUCGCUGAGGGCCGCGCAGCUGCAGGUGCUGAACCUGCAGCCGCAGCGCAAGAUGCUCAGCCACAAGCAGUGGGUGGAGGUGCGUAAUCCACCCACUUUUCAGCAACUGCCUGUCUUUCUUGAAUGCCGGUGUCCUCUGUAG